AUGAGUGGGUGGCGCGGCCCCUGGCCGGGGGGGCUGCUAGCUCCCCCCGCCGCCCCCUGGAGGAAGAGCAGCACCGGCAGCACCGGCAGCAGCGGCAGCGAGGCCAGCACCGCCAGCACCGGCAGUGACGCCAGCGUGCUGAGCACCCUCAGCGACGCCAGCCUGGACAGCCUGGGCAGCACCGGCGGCCUCUCCUGCGGCUGCGAGGCGUGCCCCGGCGUGGGCGCGGCGCCGCGCGCGGGCGUGUCGCUGCGCUUCGUGCCACUGGAGGGCGCGGCGGAGGGGCGCGAGCUGUGGUGCCGCCAGCGGCUGGGGCACCACCCGCACCUGCAGGAGUGCGUGUGCGCCACGCCCACGGUGGGCGGCGUGCUGCUGGCGCUGGAGGCGGCGCCGUGCGGGGACCUGGCCGCCUUUCUGCGGAUGGGCGGCGUAGGCGAGGAGCGGGCGCGCGGCGUGGCGAAGCAGGUGGGCGCGGCGCUGCGGCACGUGCACGCCCGCGGGCUGGUGCACGGCGACCUGCAGCCGCGCCACGUGCUGGUGCUGGACCGCUCGCUGACCACCUUCAGGCUGGGCGGCCUGCACGCCCUCACGCCCGCCGGGGCCGUCGUACCGCCGGGGCCCCGCGGCGCCUUGGCGCCCCCUGAGGUGCGGGCCGCGGGCGGCGACCCCUACACGGCCCAUCCCGCGCAGGACGCCUGGCAGCUGGGCCUGCUGCUGGUGGCCUGCCUGACGGGGGCGCUGCCCUGGGCCGCCGCGGACCCCGCCGACCCACACUACGCCGCCUGGGCCGCCUGGGCCUCGGGACGCUCCACGCGCCUGCCCGCGGGGCUGCGGAUGUUCACGCCGCGCUUCCGCCGCCUGCUGCGCCGUCUGCUGCACCCGGACCCGGCGCGGCGCCGCCCCGUGCACGCCCUGGACAAGUACCUCCGCGACCCCUGGCUGGCGCGCCGCGACGCCGUCCCCGCCCUGCUGGCGCGCCUCGCCCACGCCCCGCGCGGGCUGGCCAAGGCGCUGACCACCCUCACCACGCGCCUCACGACACACGCCCACGCGCCCCGCGCCAAGGACGCCGCCAAGGACGCCACCACGGCCACCGCUACGCCCACCGCCACGGCCACCUCAGUCACGCUCGCCGCCACGUUCCUUCCCACGCCCCUGGACGCGGCCACGCCCACGCGCCUUGACCCGGUCACCGCCUCGCCCGCCAACACGCCCUUCUCCACGCCACCCACCUCGACCUUCGCCACGCCCCUCUCCACGCCUCCAGCCACGCCCCCCACCACGCCUAUCAUCAGGAUCACGCCCCCUAAAUCCUCGCCCCUGACCGCGGCCCUCACGCUCUCCUAG